AUGUUACCAAACAACGGCAAUAGUGAACAUAUUAAUAAUGAGGAUGGUAAUUCCACAUCGAAUUGGGUGGAAAAGUUAAGCUUGUCGGAUAUCAGCGUGGGAGAGAUUUUAGAUAUUUACAAGAACGAUACGGAUUUAUUGAAACAUAUUCUUGCAGCAAAAACAGAAGAAGACAAAAGAAAAGGUGCAGAGGAAAUGAGAAGAGCAGAAGAAGCAAGACUGCAUUCUAAAUUCAUUGAUUUACAGCUCGAUCAGAACCGACGCUCGUCUAUGCUGGAUGGUAAAAGCAGAUGUUUAUCACAAAAUGAUUGGCUAUCACCCGUACAUAAUGACUUACUCUCACCAUUUCUGAAUAAUACCCCACCCUCACCUUCAUCGCAACUACAGCCAUUAUCACCUUAUACCUUAUUCGAAGUACCCUUUGCCGAUCUAAAUCUGUCUGCUCCUUCUUCCCCAGAACCCGUACUUGUCGAAAAGAUCAUUAAUAAAGAGGAAGAGGAACCCCAGAAAUCUCUAUUACCACCAAUACCACCCAACAUGACAAAGGAACGUAAUUCCUGCAAAAGAACUUUAUCACGUACACGAUCCACUCGAAAGCCCUCUAUUAAGGCACUUUCCAAAAAGAACCGUUCACAGCCCAAGGAGGAAGAAUCGGCAGUUCAACAACAGCAAGUAAAAGAAGAGCUGCCACUGGACCAUGAUAAAGUCAUGGAGGCAUUAAGAGCAAAAUUACAAAGAAGUACACAGCAGCAGAAAGAACAAAAAAAUGUACGAGAAGAAAUCACAAGUAUGUCUCCAUCAGGUAUCUUAUUACUUGACUUGAAAAAUCCAAAGAAAUCUUUCCCUGUAAGACAAAAGGCAACACCGCGUGCCUCCAAGCAAAAGGCUGAAUCGGCUGGCGAUGACAAGGACAUGGAUUUCGGUAAAAAGCAAGACAUGGCCACUCCUGUCAGUUACGAUUUUGCCUCUCUCGAUUGUUGUGAACGUACAAAGACGGCCAUUACCGAUCUCGGUUUUGAGAAAAUGACUGAAGUCCAAGCCCGUACGAUCCCACCUCUUAUGGCUGGUCGUGAUGUGUUGGGUGCUGCCAAGACGGGUUCGGGAAAGACCUUGGCGUUUUUAAUUCCUGCCAUUGAAAUGUUGUAUCGUCUCAAGUUCAAGCCAAGAAACGGUACUGGUGUUAUUAUCGUUUCCCCCACCAGAGAAUUGGCCUUGCAGAUCUUUGGUGUGGCUAAAGAGUUGUUAAAGUAUCAUCAAUUGACUUUUGGUAUUGUCAUUGGUGGCGCUAAUCGUAAAGCAGAAGCUGAUAAAUUAUUAAAGGGUGUCAACUUGAUUGUUGCCACACCUGGUCGAUUAUUGGAUCAUUUGCAAAACACUCGUGGAUUUGUGUACAAGAAUUUAAAGGCAUUGAUUGUGGAUGAAGCAGAUCGUAUUUUAGAAAUCGGUUUCGAGGAUGAAAUGAAGCAAAUUGUAAAGAUUUUACCAGAUGAUAGACAAACCAUGUUAUUUUCAGCCACACAAACCACCAAAGUUGCGGAUUUGGCUCGUAUUUCGUUAAAGAAGGGACCUCUUUAUAUCAAUGUGCACGAGGACAGAGAUACUUCAACUGCAGAUGGCUUAGAGCAAGGUUAUGUCGUAUGUGAAUCAGACCGUAGAUUCUUAUUAUUGUUCACUUUCUUGAGAAAGAAUAUCAAGAAGAAGGUCAUUGUCUUCUUUUCCAGUUGUAACUCUGUGAAAUACCAUGCUGAAUUAUUGAAUUAUAUUGAUGUCCCAGUGUUGGCACUCCACGGUAAACAAAAGCAACAAAAGCGUACAAAUACGUUCUUUGAGUACUGUAAUGCAGACAAGGGUAUUUUAUUGUGUACAGAUGUAGCAGCAAGAGGUUUAGAUAUUCCUGCUGUUGAUUGGAUUGUGCAAUUUGAUCCCCCAGAUGAUCCUCGUGAUUAUAUCCAUCGUGUGGGCCGUACAGCGCGUGCGGGAGGUCAAGGUAAAAGUCUCUUGUUCUUAUUACCUAGUGAACUUGGCUUUUUGAGAUACUUGAAACAUGCCAAGGUGCCAUUGAACGAAUACCAAUUCCCUACCAGUAAAUUAGCCAAUGUGCAAGGACAAUUGGAGAAAUUGAUUGAUAAGAACUAUUACUUGAAUCAAUCAGCCAAGGAUGGUUAUAGAUCCUAUCUUCAAGCAUACUCUUCUUUCAGUUUAAAAAAGAUUUUCGAUGUGAAUAGCUUGGAUCUGGCUAAAGUGGCUGUGGCAUUUGGUUUCUCUUCUCCACCCAAGGUGAAUUUGGGAACCAUUAAACAAGCUAAGAAAGACGAUACAAAGGCAGCGGUGCCUGCUGUAGAAGGCGAGGAGGAAAAGAAAGAGGUGGCACAGAAAAAGGGUCCCAACAAGAAAUUUCAAAAGCAUAAUAAAAAAUAAAAAAUUUAAGGUUGUGAGAACAUCCCGUGAUUUCAU